GUCCUGCUGGGAGCGCUGGAUGCUGCUGUCACCACAGAAAUCAAGCGCAGUGCGUGGGCAACUGGAAUAGAGGACGUGAAAGCAGUGGGUGGUGAGGAAAGGACACCAACAGAUGUCAGGAAGUACGUGGAUUUUAAGAGUGUGGUGAUGAAGAAAGUCACAAGGAUAUGACAACAUGAAUCACAGACAGAUGAAGCCAUGGGGCAAGAAGGAGUUUUGGGGGCUUGGGGAGGAGUUUGACCCUGACUGGCUGCUGACAGAGGAACAGAAGGAGCUGAGGAGUGCCCUGAUGGAAAUGUGCAGGACCAAGAUCAGACCCCAGGCAAUCGAGUGUGACCGCACAUACCAGUUUCCCAAGGAGUCCAUCAAAGCCUUGGGGGACAUGGGUCUGCUGGGCCUCAUCAUCCCAAAAGAGAUGGGCGGGCUGGGCCACAACCAUACCUGCGCAGUGAUGGUGGUGGAAACCCUGGCACGCUAUGGUUGUCCCUCCACUGCUAUGAUCUUCACCAUGCACAUUACAUCAUGCUCCACACUGCUCUUCCGCUACCACAACAACCCUCACCUGCAACAACUCUUACGCCGCAUCCCAAAAGAGAAGCUCCUCGGCGCAGUGAGUGCCUCGGACCCAGCCACAGGGGGGCAUGACUGGUACCCAAUCUCCUCCAAGGUGAAGUACCUCAAGGAUGAAAAGACAGUGCAGCUCCUCAAGUUUGGCUCAUGGGUCACCAGCGCUGGAUAUGCUGACUUCUACUCCAUCAUGACUGUCAGUCCGACAUUUGAAGGCAGUUAUGGGAACAUGUCACUCUUUGUUGUGUACAAGGAUGAAGUACGGGCAAACACAGACGACUGGAGUGCGCUGGGUAUGCACGCCAACAACUCAGGCCCUUUGAUGGUGGAGGGGGAGUUCAGCAUGGAGAGAAUGAUUGGUCCUCCUGGUGAUGCAGCCAAGAGCAUGGUUGAAUGCAUAGAUGUUUACUUCCUGCUGCUGACAUCAUCCUGCUGGAAUGGUAUUGCCAUGGGCUGCCUCGACCUUGCCCGGCGCCACCUCACUACCAGUGCUCAUGCUGACAUUGGCAUGCGGAUCUGUGACUAUCCAACCAUUCAGGAUGCAUACGGGGAAUGUGUGAUAGACACAACAUCAUCACGCUCCACCACCUUCUUGCUGAGUCAGAUGAUGGACUCUGUCUCUAACAAUGGUGACUGGACUAUGUACUCAGACACCACUCUCACUCCCAAGACAAACAAGAUCCACUGGUGCUGGCAACUCAAAUUCACUGCAGCAAAGAAUGUAGCAAACGUGACUGAGACAAUGCUGAGGGUGUGUGGUGGUACUGCCUACAAGACUGAGCUGGGUCUGGAGCGGCUUUACCGUGAUGGCAAGGCUGGCUGGGUGAUGGCUCCCUCCAAUGAGGUGCUGCGGAACUUGAUUGGGCUGGCAGCACUCACAGGCUUCCCUGCCAUUGACCUGUGGGAGGAGUCCACCAAUCAACGUGUGGUGCAGCGAGAGGUGAAGAAGAUGUCACCCAGCCAGAAGGAGGCUCUGGGACGCCAGCUGCUGGAAGAAGCUGCUCGGGAGACAUCCAAGGCAGCUCCCAUGAACCCAUACCAAGGCACAGACUUUGUGAAUCCAUUCAACACAGCCCCACCAACAUUUACUCCAGAAAUGAAGAGCAGUGAUGGAGUGGUGCACAGAGCAGCCCUACAUCAAGACACCUGGACCUCCCUCACUCUCAUCUCACGCUACGACCUCACCAGCAAGAUGACAGCCUUCACCUUUGCUCUCCCAAACCCCACAGACCACAGUGGUUGUCUGCCAGGCCAGUUUGUUGCGGUACGGCUGAUGGAAUCUGGGAAGCAAUACCUCCGCUAUUUCUCACCAGUGUCUCGUCCUGAUGACUUUGGGCGGCUGGAGGUGGUGCUCAAGUACGAGACACAGGGAAUGCUCUCCACCUUCUUCAAGAGUCUCCAGCCUGGCAGCAUGGUGGAGUUCAAGGGCCCCUGUGGUGGCUUUGAGUACAAGGCCAAUCAGCUCGACGAGAUCACAGUGCUGGUUGGUGGAGCAGGGGUCACCCCGGCAUUACAACUUGCCCGCUGUCUUGCCCACGACUCUGCAGACAACACCCGUCUUACUCUCCUUUACUACUCUGAUAGUUUCCAAGACAUUCUCUACUACUCUGAGCUAAAACAACUAGAAGAAAUGGCCAAAGGACAGAUCCAAGUGAUCCACACGCUGGGUGAGGUUCCUGAAGGAUGGAAGGGAGAGGAUGGAUUCAUUGACUUGGACAAAAUAAACCGAUUUGUGACCAAGCCAAAUGGAACUAAACACAAGGUGGUGAUCUGUGGAGGGCCAACCAUGAGCAUUGCCUGCUUGUUUUCCCUCCAGCAACUAGGCUUUUCUCCACAGUCCAUCUAUAUUUAUGGCCAGUUUGGGGCAGAACUGGUGAAAGCAGUGUAUGGCCGCAGUGCAGUCCUCUCUGGCCAUGAUUGCCAUACACAGGGGUGAAAAGGCAGUGAACACAAUCCACACUGGUCUGUUUCUCUGUCUUGCACAGUGAUAUGGUAUUAUAAAGUUAAGGAAUUCAAACAUGAAAAUGUUAAUAUCAGUAAGGUUCAGUGUGGUGUGUCUAUUUGUCUUAUUCUUGUCAUUCUUUCUUUGAUGUUUUCUUUGAUGGAUCAUAUUGCCCAUUAAAGCCACAUGGUAAUGAAAUUUUGUAUGGCUGGGUCAUUUUGAGUAACACUAGCUGAUGUAAUUCUAUUUUGGCAACUAUUGCUUUGAGGUGUUUCAUCUUAGUCUUCCUUACAUAGGAUCUAGGAUUGUAUUGGCCUUCCUUGUUUUCUUUUCUGAGCCUGGAGAGGCAAUGAUUAUGUAUAUUGUAAUCUGGGAUUGUUUCUGAUAAAGUAAUUAGUAAAAAUUUAUUGGUUGUUGUUGAUGAUAGUGUUGUUUUGUAUUCAGCCAUAAUGCACCUUCACUGGCUUAUCAUGGCCUUUAGUCUUAAGCCUAACAUUAUUUUCCAUCUGUUUACACUUGAUGCCUCUUUUUUUUUUUUUUUUUUAGAGAUUUUUUUUUUAGAGAGAGAGAGAGAGAGAGAGAGAGAGAGAGAGAGAGAGAGAUCUAGCAGGACAUAAGUGUGGUAAAAGUUUCCAUUUCUUUGUGGUCUUCCAUCCAUCUAAUGGCUUCCCAAGAGCUCUCUUGGAGAUGACCUUGAUGGAGUACACAGAGCACCUGCUUGACCAUCUCACAAAAGGACACCUGGGAAACACAUUAUGGGACAAUAACAGGAAUUUCUUUUGUAGUUGCAUUUACAACAAUGUGUAGGAUGUGGUACAUUUCACUUAUUAAAUGCUUCAGUAAAAUAGAGUCCACAAUGCAGAUUGAAAAGUUAAAAUUUGAUAUUUGAUGAAUAGAAAUAAGUGAUUUCUUGAGUUAUGGUGCUCCCUAAAUUUUCUUUGUUGGUUGAUCGGUUGCUAAAUGGGAUCCCAUCCUCUGGUUUCCAUUGUGAGAGGUCAUGCAAGCUUGGUAUGCUAUUCUUCUUGAAAGCAAUAUGCCUUCUUACAUGUUAUUUACAAAAUUUUUGAGGUCUAAUGUUUUUUCUAUUUUUUAAAAAUCUGAAAAGGUGAUAUCCUUGUCAUACCUGUUAUGUUCAUCAUCACUGCCACUUAUGUCAUACCAAUAACACAGUUUUCCUCUAGUCUAGACCAGGAGAAAGAAACGUGUUCAGGAUUUUACUUCCCAACCUUACACAUCCCUCUUGGUGAGAAAGAACUCACUUUGAUAACUUGAGUGGUACAAUGGCAUAUUCUAUUGGAAUGAUGAAGUCAACUGCAAGGAUUACAUUUAGUGGGAAGAAGGAAACAUCUUCAUGUAGGGAAUGGAACCAUCCCCAACAAAGUCACUCAUAAAGAGCAAUAAAACACUGGUAGUCAGGCCUGCUUAUUGCAGAGAAAGACACAGAUGCCUUUACUGGAGAAGGAGAAAGGAUCAAGGAAUGCUAUACUCUUUUUGUUAAGUUUAUAAACAUAACCCUUCCUACACAGUGGGGCAUCUCCAUGCUUGCCUUUCAUCGAGUGGGGCAUGUCCAUUCUUGCCUCUCAUUGGGUGAGGGAAUUCAGUGAAAUCAUGCACUCUACAGUGCUGUAUUGUUUCUUUAAUAACACAUUAUGCAUUUCCAUCAGCAGUAUGAAAGUGAUUAAUUCAUCAGCUAGACAGUCUCAUGACUGGAACACAAAAAGUAAAUCAAGUACAUUUCUUGAAGAAGAGAUAUGAUGGUGUAAGUAAAAAGGCUUGUAAAAUCCUGCAUGAGUGAGAGAAUGAAAUGAAUCACUCCACAGCCCCUGUGAUCCAUUUGAGGUCAAACAUACAAAUCUUGCUCUGAAGGGAUUGAAUGGGACCCCAGGGAUUACACCACCACCAGCCAGACCGAUGACAUCUUCAGGCCAGGCAGUGGAGUGGCAGGCACAUUGUUGCCUCAUCAUUUUGCCCAUAAAUUGUAUUGCUUAAAACAAGUUUUGCCUAUUAUUUCCUUAUGCAUUAUUGAUUUCAUUGUAGUGUCUGGCUAAGCAGCAUCAGAAUAUAAACAAUGAAUUCAAGCAGGGAAGAGUGCAGCAAGACAUGGCAACACUGAGGAGGAUGAGGCAGGCCAAGCCAGGGAUGUUUGAGGUUACAGUGAUUUUUUUUUUUUUUUAUUAAGUUGUUGUUAAUGCUGUGUGUGUGUGUGUGUGUGUGUGUGUGUGUGUGUGUGUGUAUAUGUAUCUAGUUGUGACAUAUGGGGAGAGGAGCUAAGCUCAUACUGUCUCGUCUCCAUAAUUGUUUUUAUCCAACUUUUCCUUAAAGGCAUGAAUAUUUGUAGCACUCACCACUUUCCCUUCCAGUCCAUUCCAUGCCUCUAUGCUUCUAUGAGGGAAGCUAAACUUCUUUAUGUCCCUUCUGCAGGUGGUUACUUUUAGUUUCCUUCCAUGUCCUCUUGUUUCUCUCAUUCAUAAUAAAGCAGUGUUCCAUCCCACUCAGCAAUCUGUACAAUGCAAUCAAAUCACCUCUCUCUCAUCUCUUUUCCAAGGUUGGGAGUUGCACUUUAGCUAGUCGCUCCUCAUAUGACAAAUCUUGCAAUUCUGUUAUCAUCUUUGUUGCUGCUCUCUGUAUUCUUUCCAACUCUCUUGUGUGCUUUUUUUCAUGUGGACUAAAUUACCGCUGCGUAUUCUAAUCUUGGACGUAUCAUUGUGGUGAUUAUUUUCCUCAUCAUUUCUAUACCCAGAUAAGCAAAGACAACUCUUGUGUUUCUUAGUAGGCUGAGAGUUUCACGUGUUAUCUUGUUAAUAUGUUUUUCUGGUGAUAAAUUCUCUGAGAAAAUCACUCCCAGAUCUUUUUCUCUUGUCAUAUUGUUUCAUUUCCCAUCUUAUAAUUAUAGCUACACCUUGUUACUUUUUCCAAAUUCCAUCUUUUUACACUUACCAGAGCUAAAUUCCAUUUGCCAUCUGUUGCUCCACUCCCACACCUUGUCUAUAUCUCUUUGUAAUUCUUCACAAUCUUCCAUUCCCUUCACUCUUCUCAUAAGUUUUGCAUCGUCAGCAAAAACUCACAUAGCUGGAUACAUUCUCCACCAUAUCAUUUAUAUACACCACAAACAUUAUUGGUGCCAACACUGACCCUUUGGGGACCCCACUUAAUACUGGGCUCCACACUGAGGAAUGAGGAAAUUUUGUAUGUUGUUAUAAAUAGUGUGUUUUCACUCAUGUAACUCAGUCUCUCUGAGGAUGGCUAUUCAGCCGAAACGUUAGAGAUUAAAAGAAUCCUAACUCC